AUGAUUCCGGAGCUCUGGUGGCAAUUCGAGAAAGCGGAAAGGCUUGGUGUUUACUACUUCGUGCACUGCUGUGUUGUGAGAUUCAAGAUCAAACCAUUGGUCCUCAUUAUAUGUAAAUGGAGUGACGUCAGCCCCAGCACUCUAAGUCACGUGACUGCACCAAACGAGCAGGAUCAUUCAUACCAGCCGCAGUUUUGGCUACAUCUUAUCGCAUUUCUCAAGCGCUCGAGGGGCUUCACCUUACCACCUGCGCAGCCCACUCGCUCCACUAUCGUUCAAAACAAAACAAGUGACAUGGUCAACCGCAGAGCCGCUAGAAGGGCUGCGGCAUGUCCGCCGUCAGCGCCUAGCGUACCCCCCCUGAUCGCAGCUCUAGAUCUACCCGCAGAACUCUGCUCGAUCCUGCGCCUUCAAUACGACUGCAAUCGCGCCUCCUACAUCUCCAUGACCUACGCAAACCUUUCCGCCUACUACAACAUCCACCCAACCAUCCUCAUGCCCCCAGUUCCAAGUCGCCACCAGUACUAUCCCAGACCCACCGUUCAUAUCGACGCUACAAUACCCACGCAAUUGUCUCGCGACGGCCUCGACAUCCUUCCUUACAUAUACCUCCACACACACUACCCGCACAUCCACUUCGUAAUUCAUACUAGCGAGAGUGAGUUUCAGUGUAACUUCCACACCUUUCUCAUCAGGCAUGUUCAGAACAAAGUCGAUGCGUGGGCGGAGUUCCUCAGCCAAGGCUCCGUGCAGCAAGUGCGCCUGUACUAUAGAUACGAGAGGACCGUGGACAUUGUUUUGAAACCGGGUUCCAAGUGGGCGAAUGAGUGGCAAUGCGGUGUUGUAUCAGGGAGGCAUGAGUGCGAGGAAUCGUUGGAGAUGAAGAAGAAGCUUGGGCUUACUGGAAUUUUCCAUGUAUGGGUGGCAUAUUUUGUUGUGGGUAGUAUGGAGGGGUAA